GAUUGCCCCCAAGUGUGUGGAGGUGAACCAGGGAGCUAUCCAACGUUCCCUUUACUUAUCCUCUCGUCUCCAUUUUUGCGCCUUAGACUGACUUUCUGCUGCAGCUUCCAGCUUCCUCCUCCGCUAUGGCUUGCUCCGCUGCUACCGCCACCGCCCUCUUCUCCUCCAACCCCUCCGCUUUUCCAGCCAAGUCCAAUGCUCCCACUGCUUCCGCCCCCUCCUCUCGAAACCUAGCACUCCCCAAAUCUUUCGUCGGCCUUCGUAAGUCCUUCCAGCCUUCCGCCCUUCGUUCAAUUUCCUCCUCCCGUGGAGCUAGGUCCAGACGGAGCUUUGCUGUCCGAGCUUCUAGUGAGUUGCCAUUGGUUGGAAAUGUAGCACCAGAUUUUGAGGCUGAGGCAGUUUUUGAUCAGGAAUUUAUCAAGGUUAAACUUUCAGAGUACAUUGGGAAGAAAUAUGUGAUUCUCUUUUUCUACCCAUUGGAUUUUACGUUUGUUUGCCCCACAGAGAUUACUGCUUUCAGUGAUCGGUAUGAAGAAUUUAAGGAGCUAAACACAGAAGUUUUGGGUGUUUCAGUUGACAGUGUUUUCUCACAUCUUGCUUGGGUCCAAACUGAUAGAAAGUCCGGUGGGCUUGGUGAUCUUCAGUAUCCUCUGGUUUCUGAUGUCACUAAAUCAAUUUCAAAAUCUUAUGGUGUGCUGAUCCCCGAUCAGGGAAUUGCACUAAGGGGUCUGUUCAUAAUUGACAAGGAAGGAGUUAUCCAACACUCCACAAUAAACAAUCUUGGUAUUGGUCGGAGCGUAGACGAGACGAAGAGAACUCUCCAAGCAUUGCAAUACGUGCAAGAGAACCCCGACGAAGUUUGCCCAGCGGGAUGGAAACCCGGGGAGAAAUCGAUGAAGCCAGACCCCAAGGGUAGCAAAGAGUACUUUUCUGCUAUUGCUUAAUUGCGUGUAAGAAGUUUGAAUCUGGUGCAAUGCCAUUGCCAGUUUAGUUAAUCCGCUUGUGGAACAAAUUGGUUAACGAGGCUCGAGUCAUCUCAUCAUCUCGUCAUCAGAUAUAUAGAGUCGAAUUUUAUCUUCUUUAGAUGAAUUAUGCAGACAGUCUCUAUGGUUUGUUUUGUAGAAUUAUUAUCCUUGAUUUGCAAUGGCAUCAAUGGUUUCACGCCCUCUA